GGGAGUGGGGGGUGGUGGUGGUAGGGGGUGAUGGUGGUGAUGUUGGUGGUGAUGAUGGUGAUGAUGGUGGUGAUGAUGGUCAUGAUGGUGACGAUGAUGGUGACGAUGAUGGUGAAGAUGAUGGUGGUGGUGAUGAUGAUGAUGGUGAUGAUGAUGGUGAUGAUGGUGGUGUGUGUAUGUGUGUAUGUGUGUGUGCAGCGUGUGCGCUGUACGACCUGUACGCUGUGAUGGUGGUGAUGGUGGUGAUGACGAUGGUGAUGAUGGUAGUGAUGGUGAUGAUGAUGGUGUGUGUCUGUGUGUGUAUGUGUGUGUGUGUGCAGCGUGUGCGCUGUACGACUUGUACGCCCUGUCGCUAUGGUGAUGGUGGUGGUGAUGGUGGUGAUGAUGGUGAUGAUGGUGAUGAUGAUGAUGGUGUGUGUGUGUCUGUGUGUGUGUGUGUGCAGCGUGUGCGCUGUACGACCUGUACGCCGUGUCGCUGUGACGGUGAUGAUGGUGAUGAUGGUAGUGAUGGUGAUGAUGGUGUGUGUAUGUGUGUGUAUAUGUGUGUAUAUGUAUGUGUAUGUAUGUGUGUGUGUGUGUAUGUGUGUGUGUGUAUAUGUAUGUGUGUGUGUGUACGUGUGUGUGUGUGUGCAGCGUGUGCGCUGUACGACCUGUAUGCCGUGUCGCUGUGAUGGUGAUGAUGGUGAUGAUGGUAGUGAUGGUGAUGAUGGUGUGUGUAUGUGUGUGUGUAUGUGUGUGUGUAUGUAUGUGUGUGUGUAUGUGUGUGUGUGUGUGUGUAUGUGUGUGUGUGUGUAUGUAUGUGUAUGUGUGUAUGUGUGUGUGUGUAUGUAUGUGUAUGUGUGUAUGUGUGUGUGUGUGUGUGCAGCGUGUGCGCUCUACGACCUGUACGCCGUGUCGCUGCACACGGGCUCCAUGCAGUGCGGCCACUACGUGUCGCUCUGUCGCCACGCGCAGUCCGGCUCUUGGUACCUCUACAACGACACCAGCGUCACGGAGGUGCCUGAGAGUCGAGUCGUGUCCAGCGAUGCCUACAUCCUCUUCUACGAGCUGUGUAGGGAGCAACACUCACGUGUGAACUCACUCACACUCACUCACACUCUCACUCACACACUCAGUCACUCACACUCUCACACUACAUCCUCUUCUACGAGCUGUGUGGGAGCAACACUCAUGUGUGAACUCACUCACACUCACUCACUCACUCUCUCACUCACUCACACACACACUCACACUCACUCACACACUCACCCACUCACACACACACUCACACACACUCACUCACUCUCUCACUCACUCACACACUCACACACUCACUCACUCACUCUCUCACUCUCUCACUCACUCACACACUCACUCACUCACACACUCACUCACUCACACACUCGCCUGAUCACUCACACACUCUCUCACACUCCCACUCACUCACACACACACACACACACUCUCACACUCACUCACACUCACACACUCUCACACUCACACACUCUCACUCACACACACUCACACACUCACUCACACACUCACUCACACGCCUGCUCUCUCACUCACUCACUCACACACACUCUCACUCACUCACUCACACACACACUCACUCUCCCUAACACUCACACUCACUCACACACUCUCACUCACUCACACUCUCACACUACAUCCUCCUCCAUGCAGCUCCCUUCCCCUCCCUCCUUUCUCCUCUCUUCUCCCUCCGCGUCCCUCCCCGCCGCUCACCGUGUGUACGUCCGAUGGACCUCAACGUAGCGAAUCGGAGUUGCGCGGGGAGACGGGACAAGAAGACACGAAAAGCAGUCCUAAAGGAAUUGGUUUAUUGAAACGCAGGUGACUGGAAAGCGCGUGAGCUCCAGGCAGCCUCUUCAUGUCGGAUGGAAGAACGUUCCAGACGGCCCUAGCUGUGGCCGCCGCCUUCCUCCGAGCCAAGAGCCGCCCGCCGCGGGAGGACGACCGGGGAGGUUUUUUCUCGCGACGGCCCCGUUUGUCCGUACGCUGAACCUGUGUCGCGUCGUACGUAGCUAAGCCACGCCGAUCGGAGGUGCGGUGAUGGUGAGUCGUCGCCGCCGCCGUAACCGCCGCCGCCAUUUCAUCAUCCCCGACGUCGUGGACCCAUAAUUGUUUUUUUACCCUUUUAUCUGGCAACAAAACUGACACCUUUUUUUUACAAGGAGUCAUGUUUGCAUAGACCACAAUACCUGCAGUCGUAAUGCAAACAAAAAACACAACUCUGAUAAUGUAUGCACUGUCCUUGAAGUUGAUUGGUCACCUACGAAUCUGAACCGGUCCUGGGUCGACUCGGCCCCCAAUGAUUAUCUUGCGCGGUGUGUAAACAUCGCCACUGGGGAGACAAAGGCGGUCGGGCGUGGUUGCUCGCUAACAGCACUUGCCCCAACAGUCUGUUAAGGCUACACAGGGGGAUCUUUGUUUGGUGGUGGCGGUGGUGGCGGUGGUGGUGGCGGCGGCGGUGGUGGCGUUGGUGGUGGCGGUGGCGACGGUGGUGGUCGUGGUGGUGGCGGUGGUACAGCCAAGGUAGCUACACCAGGCUCUAUCCCCGUAACGUCCUCGCGACAAACACACCCGCACCGCUGCCAUUACGAACGAGAGCCACCACGGUGCAGUGAUCGGUUUCAUUGUUAUUGUAAAUGUCGUGCACUGCUCCUCGUAAGAUUAUUAACCGUAUUUAUUCAACGUAAGUUAUUAAAUUCCGCAGCGGCGGCGAUGAUGAUGAUG